ACGUGUUAGCACAGAUCUUAAAGCACGUCUAUCCUCUUUCACCAUGCAGCCGUAGCCACAGAGUUCAGCGGCCGGGGACCGGGAUCAUCGUCGUCGGCACUGCAUUUUCUUUCCUUUUUGUUCAGGAUAAAGGAGACGAAAACAUGAGAGCGACGGGACGGUAUAUGGGAAGCAGUGCAUCUCGACCGGGUCGAUUCCGUCGCCCGCAGCUCACAUACGAAGCUAGAGUAAGUUUUCCCUGUCAGUUUGUGCUCUACAUACACCGAUACAUACACGCACUAGAUUUUUGUGUGUGUCUACCUAUCAGUGGACGAUCGACUUUGUCUCUUGUCAUCCUAGCUAGGCUGCAACGUCCACGGCCAAGUUGAAGACGUAGUCGUACCCCGGCAAGGCAAGGCAGCCCGAGGAUGGCUUGGGCGGCUUGCCGCUGGACUACCGCGUUCAGAAUCAUACGGUGCGCCGUCCUGGGGGCAGCAAGGCUGACCUCGCCUGGGUGCGCCGUCCUAGAUGCGCCGACCGCUUGGCCAUUGGCGACGUCGACCUCAUGGGCGCUUGUCAGUACGCGGAGGAGAACGACGACGCCACCCUCACCCUGUAACGCGCGCCCGCGUGGCGCCGUUGUGGUGGCCGCCGCCGUGGAGGUGGUGGUGGUGGACACGACACGUGAACAUUAUGUCGACGACGACUGCGACGGCGGCUCGACUCCCGUCGUCCACGUCUACGGCUCCGUGACCGCGAAAACCAGAGCGACUUCGGGCGAACGCUGGGUGGAGGAGCACAGCCUGUUCCACAGGGCGAAAGGCCAGCUGGCCCGCGUGCCCAGAGACGCGCCCAUACCGCUGCAGACGACGGCGGUGCUCGUCUCCGCGCCGCUGUGCUCGCACUCGGAGCUUCAGGUCUCCGCCGAGCUGCUGGACGCCAGCGCGUCGUGGCAGAGCCCCGACCACGAAAUCGCGCGUGGCUCCGUGGUCUUCGCCCCACGCCUGGCCGGGACCGACACCGCGGAGAUCGCCGGCGCCGACGGCAAGGUCAGCACCGCUGUUGUCACCGGGCAGAAUGGUCGACUGGCCAUGGAGCCCUCUGCGAGCAGGUGAGCUUAAUUUCUAGGGGUAUGAGGUGAUUCUGGUCACCUCCGGCGCCGUCGGCGUCCGGAGGCAGAGGCUCAUGUACCGAAAGCUCAUCAACAACAGUUUCGCUGAUCUACAGAACCCACAGUUCGACCUGGAUGGGAAGGCCUACGCUGCCGUCGUCCAGAGUGGCCUCAUGGCUAUCUACGAUACACUGCUUAGACAAGUUGUUCGUCGUCUGUGUUGUUAGCCAGCAAGUCUGUGUCAUUAGCCAGCAAGAAGAUCCUACUUUCAGAACUGAUGUGCUAUUCUCACAUGCAAUUAACUUGAUCUGGUUAGAAAGAACCAAUGGUUGGUGCUUGUUAAUUGCAUUAAUAGUAGUUGUUGUGUUAUGUGGUGAUUAUAUGUGACACACAUAAAGUAUGGUAUAAAUGUGCUUUUAUUGUUCAACAAGCAGGUAUUUCUGCCAUUUUUUGUUGUCUUUCAUCUUGGGAUAGCUACGUAUCUGUUGCAUAUGUUUUAGGCAUCUUGGGAUAGCUACAAAUCUGUUGCAUACACUUUUUAAAAUUAGGCGGAGAAACUUUUACCAAUUGGUGGCAGGUCCCUUUUUGGUUUGCUACAUUAUUUUGCUGUUUAUUAGGCAACGCACUAAUUUCCCUUUGCUUACUAAUGCCAUGAUUCCUUUUAUGUUUAUGGUAAAAACAGUUGGGUAAUUCUUCUGUUGCUUCACGGAUUUUCCUGCACGUUGUGUCUGUAUUACUGUCACUGAAGAUAUACCUCAACUGAAGAUCUAGCUCGCGACGAUGAUGUACCUAAGAUGGCAAGCACCAUUUUGUUGGUUCCUGUCUUGCCAAUGUCUACAACAAUAUGUGCGUCCUCUGUCUCAUCUGUGUCACUACUGUGGGGCGACUCAUAAUGGGCCUAUCAAGCAUACUGACCUUGUGAUGAUAGAUAAAGAGGUUGAUUUCUGUGUCAUUCAGAUAAAUAUAAAUUUAUCCCAAUGAACUGAAAAGUGAGUGCUUUUUUGGUUGUUUCUGUUGUUGGUCCAGAAGAUUCCUGGUGCUUCUUGGUGUUUUUACUACAUGUGCAGUAGUAUACUAUGCUAACCCACAUAAAUGACUGAAGUCCUGCGCUAAUCCUUCUUGGCACUUCUUGGUGUUUUAACUAAAUGCUUUAGUCCUGCGCCUCAUAGAAGCAGUUUUACCUAAAUGUAAUGAACUAAUUAAGCACCUUCUUUUAUUGUUGGCUAAUACUUUGGUUUUAUCGCAUGCUACAUUCUAUAUGAUGAUACACUACACUCUAAUAAGUCCAGGCAUUAUAAACCCUAUGUCAGCUAUGUAUGAAUUUGGAAUCUAUAUUGCAGAAGUAUUUGCAAAUGUUGUAUAUGAUGCUAUCUCAG